AUGGAUACCAAAUUCGUCGCAUCGCAGACAUGCUGUCAUACUUGCCGUCAGCCUCUUCCUGCAUACGAGUCAAUACCCAAUAUACAACCAGGGUGUACUUCGUCUCCACCUAGCGUUGACACCGACUACCCGCCGCAAUAUUCUGUCCUUGACCAUAAAUCCCGAGUCCAGCGGGCUGAUCCAGAACAAGAUUGGGAGUUUGUUUCAAGCAAAUACGGACCUCGCAAAAGUUACUGGACCCGAGUGAUCCAAAGUGGCGACGAGACUUGGACUCAAUACGGCAUCAGCGAGCAAGAAAGCGACAAGAAACCAGACUUUUUCUUUACUUGCAAGUUCAGGCCCCGCAAGCAAGGCAACGAACGAUCAAUCCGAAGGUUUUGCCAGAGGGCAGCUAGUACUUUGAAAGUCCAUCGAUCAGACGACUAUUACAGAUGUCGUUGCACUUUUGAGACGUUGAGGCAACCUGGGGGGUCGAGUAGAUGCUCGGUGAGGUGGUAUCAUUGGAUCACAAGACUUACGAGGCAUACCGUUAUGGAUUACAUGGAAUUACACGAUAUUAUGUGCUCGUGUGGAUGCUUCGAUGUCUCGACGGAAGAAGGUUUAACUGCAACUGCUUCUGGCAAAUAUGUCGAGAAACGCAACAGGUCAGAUUCUAAAGCUCUCGGCACAAGUGUUGUGCGAGGAUCAUAA